UGAAAAGCGGAUGCUGCCGAGAGCUUCCCCCGCCACCGCACCCAUCAGAGGAGGAGAGGGCUGGAUGGAAUCUGGACCCUUCUCUUAUAGCUCGGCUUUGUUAUCAAAGAGACCGCUCCUCCUGGUUUGAUAGACAGAGCUGCUCACCGGUUUCUCGAAAGAGUACCCAAAGACUUCAUUGCAUUUUGGGGCAGACAUGGGCUGGGGUGUAGCUGUGUUGCUUUUGGAAAUUCGUUGCUGAGUUAGCUUUCUGGCUGUUCUAAUUUCUAAGACGCUAUGGCUAAGCAAUAUGAUGUGCUCUUCCGACUCCUGCUGCUCGGAGACUCGGGGGUUGGAAAAACAUGUUUAUUAUGCAGAUUCACGGACAACGAAUUUCACCCGUCUCACAUUUCCACAAUCGGAGUCGAUUUCAAAAUGAAGACGCUAGAGAUAGAUGGCAUCAAAGUGCGGAUACAGAUAUGGGACACAGCAGGACAGGAGAGAUAUCAGACCAUCACUAAGCAGUACUACAGACGAGCACAGGGAAUCUUCCUGGUUUACGACAUCACAAGUGAGCGAUCCUUCCAGCACAUCAUGAAGUGGGCCAGCGACGUGGACGAGUAUGCUCCUGAUAACAUCCAGAAGAUCCUCAUAGGGAACAAGUCAGACGAGGAGGAGAAGAGGCAGGUAGCUACAGAACAGGGCAACAAGCUGGCCAAGGAUUAUGGGAUGGACUUCUUUGAGACAAGUGCCUCCACCAACUAUAACAUCACAGAGUCCUUCACACGAUUGGCUGAGCAGGUCCUGGCAGCCAAUAAGAAGGACCUGGACCUCCUAAGGGCGUCGGUCACAGACGAGCUCAACCUCACCGCCCUGGAGGAGGAGGAGGGCAUCACAGACGGGGCCACCGCCUCAAAGAAGGGCUGCUGGUGUUAAGGACUGGGCCUGGUCAAAAGUAGUGCACUAUGUAGGAAAUGGGGUGAGAAAAGUAGUGCCCUAUGUAGGGAAUAGGGUGCCACUUCUUAUGUAAGGACUGGGUCUGGAUGCGUCUCAAAACACCCUAUUUCCUAUGCGAGAUCUGGUUUAAAGUAGUGCACUUUGUAGGGAAUAGGGUGGAGGGUGACACUUCUCUUCUUCAUGUUAAACCGGAUUAACGUAGCCGAUUGCCGUUCUACCAUCGUAGGUGGUGUACUGGCGUUUGAUAGGUUUUUUUAAAUUGUAUUUUUCAUUGUAGUUGAUAGGUUUUGCCACAAGAGGGUGCUGCUGUUACAUGCUGCAUUAUAUACGAAGCUUUCAGUAUUUAGAGUAGACCGCAGGGCUGUUGAUAAAGUGGUCACGACCCAUUACACUGUUCUACUGUAAUGCAUCUCAAAUGCUCCACUGUUCCCUUUUAUAGUACACUGCUCGGCUAAGCUCAGACCUACUGCACCAUAGGGAAUAGACUGUUGUUCGUGGUGCAGACUAUGUUCUAUUUAGUUUCAGCCUCGUCAUUUUGUUUCUCACUCAAAGCAACUUUCAAUGACAAUGUACAUAAGACUCCUAGUUUUAAUUGAACGUAUUACCAUUACAGGCCUGUAUAAAGUGUGGACAUUUUCGAUGGUCUUAAAAUGUUCCCUCUGUGAUUCUAUCUGUGAUGACGUAUUUUGUUUUCUUCUGUUUUAUGUCAUGUUAUCCAGACUAGCAAACGACCAGCCAGAGAUCUGCAUGCGUCCACACUUCAAGCCUCAUAGUUUUUUUAUUUCCUUUCUUGCAACUUCAAUGAAGUUAAUUAUUCAACUGAUCCUCUUCAUUAUACACUUAAUUUAGAAUUUGACCAGAGUGGUCGGAUGUUAUUAUUCCUAACCCGGCCUAUUCUCUCUACGACUGACACAAUGUUAAUACUGCUACCAUCAACAAAAACUCAUGUUUAUGUGUACAAGUGAUAAUAUGGUAUGUAGUAUUGAAUGAAAUACUGGACUAUGAUUUCUAGAUACAGAUGAAAUGUAUGUGUGUUUGAUGAUGGGGGGAAAGUACUUUUUGAAUUGCAUUUGGUGGAGAUAUAUAAUGUGCCAACAUUGUAAUUAUUUCACAUGUUUAUUGAAUAAAUACUUGCAGAUGAAUGA